AUGACUUAUUCUUUUGUGAAGUCUGCUUUUGUCCUCACUCUUCUCUUUGCUAUUGCCGUUGCGGUUACUGGAAACAGAUUGUAUCCGAAGCCUGAGCUGAAUGGAGAACAAGUUGAAGGUAGCUACACCAAAGCCGAUGGCCACUCCGUCCUCAAAUCUGCCUUGUCACUAAAGAAAGGACCACUAACCUCCACAUGUUCGUUCGACAUGGAGAAGGUCGAGUAUUGUGACGAAUGUGACAUGAAAUGCAAAGAACUAGUUAGCCAAGGUUAUUGGGGUCGAUGUAGGGACACAUGGAUCUUUUUUACCGUCUGCACGUGCUACUAUGAAUGUUAA